AUGGCUUCGAUCACUUUCUUGAUUCUAGCCAUUAUUUUGAGUUUCAAAACUUUAGGAGCCACUUCUCGUGGGGGACUCUUUGAAGCUUCUGCUGUCACGGAGAAACAUGAGCAAUGGAUGGCUCGUUACCAUCGUGUUUACUCCGAUGAAUCUGAAAAAACAAAAAGGUUUGAGAUCUUUAAGAAGAACUUGGAGUUCGUGGAGAAGCACAACAUGAAUACGAACAAUACGUACAAGUUGGGUGUGAAUCAGUUCUCUGACCUCACCAACGAGGAAUUUCGAGCGAGGUACAUGGGGCAAGUGGUGCCUGAAGAUAUGCUCAGAAUUUCAUCGUCAAAUUCGGACACAAAGGUGUCGUUUCGAUAUGAAAAUGUCAGUGACAUUGGUGAGAGCAAGAAUUGGGUACAAGAGGGAGCGGUUACAUCCGUUAAGAACCAAGGCGGAUGUGGAGUUUGCUGGGCUUUCGCAGCGGUGGCAGCCGUUGAAGGCAUAAAGAAGAUUUCAACAGGAAAGCUUAUAUCGCUGUCGGAACAGCAGCUGGUUGAUUGCAGCAGAACUCCCAAUUUGGGAUGUAAGGGAUGGACAGCGUCGAAGGCUUUCGACUUCAUAAUCCGCAACAAAGGAAUCACAUCAGCGGCUAACUAUCCUUACCGUGAAUCAUACCAAACCUGUUCAUCAAACAAACCAGUUGCUGCUACCAUCAGUGGAUACGAGGGGGUUCCAAAAGAUGAUGAGACAGCACUGCUUAAAGCAGUGUCUAAACAGCCUGUUUCUGUUGCGAUAGAUGGCUACGCGCCUGAGUUUAUCAAAUAUGGGGGUGGCAUAUUAAGUGGACCCUGUGGAACGAGUCUGAAUCACGCGGUUACCAUUGUUGGUUACGGGGUGAGUGAAGAAGGGAUUAAGUAUUGGUUGUUGAAGAACUCAUGGGGACAAGAUUGGGGAGAAGGAGGUUACAUGAGAAUCAAGAGAGACGUGCAAACACCUGGAGGAAUGUGUGGUUUGGCCAGUCUUGCUAACUAUCCACUUGCAUGA